CAAUCCCUUUCAAGUUCCCCCAAAAUGGCCGACGCAAUAGUUUCGUUGAUCCUAGAGGAGCUAAAAACAACCAUCAUCGACAGAGGAAAGGAAGAGGUGAAGCUGCUGGUGGGUCUUGAGGAAGAAAUGGAAAAGCUUGAAAGAAACCUUGACCUCAUCCAUGGCGUGCUCGCUCAUGCUGAGGAGAAGAAGAGAACGGAUGAUCUUGUCAAGAAAUGGGUGGAUAGGCUGAAAGAAGCUGCUUACGACAUGGAGGAUGCAUUAGAUGAGUGGAGAACAGCAGUAGACAUGGAACUACCUGGGGCGGAAAAUCCGAGGAAGGUGCUAUUAUGCAAUUUCAGGAAGGAUGGGGGUCUACUCUAUCUUUGCCUGAGCCAAUAUGUUAACACAGCUCGCCGCCUCUUUGGGCUUACUAUUCCAAUUUCUGAAGAUACUGCCUGGGUCAGUAGAAAUAGACAGGCACUUCAGCCCAAAUUUCCUUUAGUGCCUGUUGUUGGUGUGGUGCAACUUUGCAAACCAUACUUCUACUGUCCUCCAUCCCCUCCGAACGAGCCAAAAUCCAAAGUAAGGAAACGACAAGACAACGACGUCCAUGACACUGACUCCACCAUAGGAGAAGGCACCUCCACCUAGCAUAGCCUAAACCCCAUUUCCACUACGGCUCUACCUCCUCGUCCUUCCGCCAGCCAGCCACCACCAAUCAUGCAGGUUGCCCUCUUAACUCCGCGGACCACCGCGCUCGUCUUAAUCCAACCUCUCAGCCCUUGUCAUGUCUCACA